CGUACAUUCCCGCCUCGGCCUCUUCGCUUUCCCGGCUCCCACCUCCUUCCCCGCGAAGCCACCGCCAAAACCCCAAAACCGAAGCAUCUCCGCCGCCGCGCCGCGCAAAUCUCAGAAUGGAACUGCCGCAGCCACGGCCUCGUGGUGGCGGCGUGGACAAGUACGACUUCUACUACUGGCUCGGGUGCCAGAUCCUCGUCUUAGGCGACUCGAUUAAGGGCAAGCUCGUCGAGGCGAUCCAGGACGGAGAUGUCCGCCGCCUCAAGGGGCUGGUGAGUAGCAUGAAAAAGAAUACCAGAGCCAAGCUUGCCAAAAUGAAUAUUGAUCGACAUGGGCUGCUACAAUUGGCAGUGUUCCUAGGAAAACUGGAGGUCUGCAGGUACUUUGUGGAGGACCUCAGUUUUGACGUGGAUUGCAGUGGCCUCUGUAAUGGUGCAACACCUUUGGGUUGUGCAUCAUUAUUUGGAGAAGUGGCUUGUGCGAGGUUUCUUCUAGACCAUGGAGCUGAUCCGAACAAGAUGGACGAGACAGGCUCUGUUGCCCUGCACAACGCCGCAAAAAAUGGGAAUGGUGAAUUAAUGCGGCUAUUGUUAUCCAGAGGAGCCAGAGUUGAUAUUGCUAUACCUCAGGGGACACCACUACAUAUUGCUGCUUCCUAUGGGAACAUUGAUGCUGUAAAGAUCUUACUGGAUCACCAUGCCGAUCCAGACAUCAUUUCAGAAGUGUCAGGCAGCCCUCUGGUAUCAGCUCUUCAAUCUACUAAACUUGUGAAUGAAUCUGAUUCAUUGGAAUGUGUGAAGCUUCUCAUCAAGGCUGGUGCUGAUGUGAAUUCUGCCAAUCCAAACACUCCCUUGGAGGUUGCAACUGUGAAUGGCUUGACUGAUUGUAUUAAGUGCUUACUGGAGGCAGGCGCAGACCCCAACAUUGCAAAGAAUCAGGUUGAGAAGAAUGGUAAAACUACAAAACUUAAGCUGAAAUUAGAUGGUGAUAAGGCUGUUCGUAGAAAGAACUACCUUGCUGCAUCAAAGCUCUACACUCAGGCAAUUGAGCUGGACCUUGAUGAUGCAACAUUGUAUGCAAACAGGAGCCUUUGCCAUCUACGAAUUGGCGAGGCAAACAAGGCUUUGCUUGAUGCCAAUAGUUGUAUAAAGAUACGACCCGAAUGGUUGAAAGGUUACUACCGAAAAGGCGUUGCUCUCAUGUCACUCAGGGAGUACAAAGAAGCAUGUGAUGCUUUCUUGGCUGGACUGAAGUUGGACCCUACAAAUGUUGAUAUGGAGAGGAUGUUCAGGGAGGCAAUUGAGGCCAUGAAAAAGGACCAUGUUACUACAUAGGGCCUCCACUAUCAAUAAGAGGAAAUGGCAACUUAUGGGCUCUAUGCUUAUAUAUAUUGUGUGUAGCAUAGCCAUAUGUAGACAGUUGUGUGGACUAAAACUUUUACACGGAAUUGUCUAAAACCGUGGUAGAGGUGCACUAGUUUGCAAACUUCAUUGCUCAAACCAAGCACACCCGCUUAACUUCCCUACUGUCUUUGUGUUUUAGCAAUAUACUUUUGGAAGGCUUCCUUUUCCAUGCUAAUAGGGAGAUAAACGAAGUAUGCAGCUUGAAUUUGAACUUCCAAGUGCAAAUGGUCUCCCUUUUUCAACCUGUCAAACUUAUCACCUGUAUUGCUCUGUGAAUUUGAGUGCUGCUGCAGACUAUUGUCUUGCUGUGUUUGCAUGUUCAA